AUGGCUGACUCGUGUGGACAACAAAUCACUGUCACCGUGACGCAAACGAUUCUCCAGGGAGCUGCAACGAGGACCACCAAUGCCCCAGCCAGCUCAGACCAAAGCACUCCCCUUUCAAGCUCUGCUUCGACAUCCUCGGACGCCGACGAUGGCCAUGCUUCACCCGUAGCUUUUGGAUUCCUUCCAGUCUCCAUCUCCGAUACUACCUUGACAACUAUAGCACCGGCCACCACCAUGACCUUGAAUCUCGCUCACGCAACUUCCAGCUCGAGCAGGGCUUCCGUUUCCAAAGCCACCAGCGCAUCGAGCGAGUGCCCGAAGCCCACUACCUCAGAAGCAGCGGUAACAGCGUCGCCAAAGUCGUCCACGCCACCUGGUACGAUUGCUGGGGGCGUAAUCGGUUCAAUGGCAGGUUUGGCCUUGAUCAUAGCUCUUCUCCUUUAUUGUUGCAGCCGAAAGCGGAAGAUCACCUUCAAGCGCAAGGUGCAGAAGACUGACCAGGAAGACCAGGCACAUGUGCUGGAAUCUGUCACACAGGAAAAGGAUGAGGCCGUCCGGCAGCUCGAGCAAACGCGGCAAAGUAAGCCUCUUCCCAGUCCACGUUCAUUUGACUUCGGUCUACCCAAGAUACCACAUAGUACGAGCCCAGUGAUGCCACAGCGAUGGAUCUGA